UUGCGGGAAGAGUGCUGCGUUAGGAAGACGGCGACUUACAAUAAACAGCAGUGAGCACACAGUCAGUUUCCGAGCGUUUUAUUGAACAUAACAUUGGCGACGAAGAUGGAGCUUCCACUCUCUCCUCUUCCUCCGUUCCUCGCCCUGCCUGGCGAGCCGCCAAUCCCGUGGCCCCGCUGGUUGGAGUCCUUCGAGAUUUUUAUUGAAGCCAUCGGGCUAGCCGGCGCUAGCGAUGCGCGGAGGCGGGCAAUGCUUAUCCAUAGCCUGGGCGGCGAGGGCCAACGCAUCUUUCGGACCCUCGGACCGGCCACGACAUUUACGGACUGUAUUGCGCUGCUCUCCGGCCACUUCGCUGCUCCACAGAGCGUCAUGGUGCGGCGGAUUAUUUUCCGACAGCGUCGCCAGCGGCCCGGUGAGUCGGUCCACCAUUACGUCGCCGACCUCCGGGGCCUGGCCAGCGUCUGCAGGUUCGGAGAUUUGGAGGACGAGAUGAUUAGAGACCAGCUAGCCGAACACACGACGGACCCUAAACUGCGGGAGAAGCUGUUUUUAUCGCCAGACGACACGUCGCUGUCUAGAGCCGUGGAAAUGGCCUUCCAACUUGAGUCAGCGGCCCUGCUAGCGUCCCAGCUAGCCGCCUCGGGCCCGGCUCCAGCCCUUCCCCACCUCGCCCCACAUCUUUCUCCUUCUCAUACGGUUGCUCUCGCGGCCCCACUCCCCGACACCGCCGCCCCUCUCUACGAGCUGGAGGUUAAUGUCGCGGGACGUCGGGGCGCCACGACAGGACAACAUUGUGGAAACUGCGGCUCCUCGUCACACCGCACACGUGCGCCCACGUGCCCGGCACUUGGUCAAAGAUGCCAACGUUGUGGUAAGAUGAACCACUUUUCUAGAGUCUGCCGCUCUGCUCCUGCACCUGCGAACCCCGGGCCCCGUCCACCCAACGCAUCUGGCUCCACCACAAUCCACUCGGUGGGCGCCAUCACCAGGCCGUUCAAGUGGUGCACAGUCGAGCUGGACGGCGUGUGCCUGUCGCUGCUGCUGGACACCGCAGCCUCCAAGUCGCUCCUAAAUGAGUCCACAGUCCGGCGACUCUUCCCUCGAAUGGCUGUUAAACCAGGUACAGAGGACCUAUUUGGUUAUGGACACACCAAGAUCGACAUGGUUGGCACUGCAACUUUUUCGGUGCGCUAUGGCGCUCGGACCCUCCCGGCUUUCACCUUCCAGGUGUCCCGCAAGGGCGCCAACCUCCUCGGUUUCGACCUGUUCUGUGCUCUAGGCUUCUCCAUUACAGACAACCUGGGUGCCACCAUUCUAACCGUCGCCACACCCUGGUUGCACCGCUGGCCUUCGCUGUUCACUGGGCUGGGCUGCCUCACUGCCUUCAACCACCAGCCACUCCUGAACCCAGAGGUGACCCCAGUCAUCCAGCCUCUCCGCCGUCUGCCCCUCGCUCUACGUGAUGAUGUUUCAGCCGAGCUGCAGAAACUUCUGGACGCUGGCGUCAUUGAACGGGUGGACGCUUCACCAUGGAUCUCCAACCUGGUGGUGGCACAAGAGCUCUCCGCCAAGUUUCACGGCUCCUCAGUCUUCUCCAAGCUUGACCUCCGCCAGGGUUACCUGCAGGUUCCGCUGCAUCCAGAAAGCCGCAACCUCACCGCUUUUGUGUCGCACAUGGGCGUUUUCAGGUACACCCGCAUGCCUUUUGGUCUUAGCUCCGCCCCCAGCUGCUUCCAAAAAAUCAUGACCACCAUCUUUGCCGGCAUACCUGGCGUUGUCGUGUACCUGGAUGACAUAGUGGUGCACGGUGCGACAGCAGCUUCACACGACGACCGCCUCUCCAGGGUGCUUGAGGUGCUCACCCGCCACAACCUCACGUUGAACGGGGAGAAAUGCAUCUUCUCCGCGCCUGUCAUCGAGUUUGUGGGGUUUCGCCUGACCGCCGACGGCCUCAGCCCACUCCACUCAAACGUGGAAGCCAUCCUGAGUCUGCCUGAGCCCUCCUGCCCUGCACAGUUGUCCUCAUUCCUGGGCAUGACUGCGUUCUACCUGCGUUUCCUUCCACACUACUCUGAGACCACGGCACCGCUACGCGCCCUCCUCAAGCAGGAUGCUCCCUGGUCCUGGACACCCACGUGCUCCGCAGCAGUCCGCCUGCUGAAGACGCAGCUCACCUCCCCUCCAGUACUCGCGCACUUCGACCUCCGGAGCCCUACGCUGGUGACCUGUGACGCGUCCAACACGGCGAUAGGGGCAGUCCUGUCCCAGCUGCACGGGGGGACCGAACGUCCCGUGGCGUUUGCCUCACGAUCCCUGACUCCCACGGAGCAGAGGUAUUCUGUAGGGGAGAGGGAAGCGCUAGCCUGCGUCUGGGCGUGCGAGCGGUGGCACAUGUACCUUUACGGGCGGCACUUCACACUCCGGACCGACCAUCAAGCACUCACAGCCCUCCUGGCCACGACAGGGUCGGGACACAAACCGCUGCGCCUGUACCGGUGGUCGGAGAGACUACAAGCCUACAACUUCACGACGGUGUUCACGCCCGGUAGAGAUAAUGUUGUGGCUGAUCUGCUCUCCAGGGCCACGCCCAGCUCACCGCCUGACAUCGCCCCGGACGGCUCGGAGUCAGAGCUAAUCCUCAUGCUGCACGAGCCCCUCCAAACAACUGUCUCCCUGCAGGAGCUCCAGGCGGCCUCCGCACAGGACCCUGUGCUCGUACAGCUCCGCACAUUUAUCCGAGAGGGCUGGCCUGCAAAGGUGCCAGAGGAGCUGGCGCCCUUCCACCGGGUCAGAGACGACCUUUCCUGCUGGAACGAUGACUGCGUCGCCCGGGGGCUGUGCACGGUGAUCCCCAGCUCCCUACGACAACGCAUCCUGAACAUGGCACACGACGGUCACCUGGGCAUCGUGAGGGUGAAGCAGCGCUGCAGGAGCCUGGUUUGGUGGCCAGGCAUAGAUAGAGAUAUUGAAACGAUGGUGAAGGACUGCACCGCCUGCCUUAUCAGCGGUAAGACGGGCCCGCCCCCUACGCCGCCUUUGCAGCCCCUCCAAUGGCCUGCGACGCCGUGGUCCCACAUCCAGGUGGACAUCUGUGGGGAGUUCCAUGGCACUCCUCAUCACCAGCGGUUCCUGUUGGUGGCCUACGACCUCCACUCCAAGUGGCCGGAGGUCCUCCCGGUGAGUUCUGUAACCACACAGCAAAUCACUGACUUUCUUUCCUCCCUGUUUGCACGCUGGGGUGUUCCUGACGCCGUUACCACCGACAACGGGCCCCAGUUCAUCUCAGCUGACUUCGCUGCCUUCACGGGGGAGAAAGGAAUUAAACACAUCAGGACGGCCCUGUACCACCCGCAGGCCAAUGGUGGGGUAGAGAGGUUUAACCAGACCCUCAAGAACGGCCUGCGAGCGCAUCUGGCCGAAGGUCUCCCAUUCAGCACGGCACUGCAGAACACAGUACUGCACUACAGAGCUACGCCACAUGCCACCACAGGUAGCUCCCCAGCCUUCCUGAUGCUAGGACGGGAACUCCAACUUCCCAUGGAUCGACUGCGUCCUCCCAAGAGAGAUUCUCCAGGCCCUCCAGCAGCAGGAACCUCUGUCGGCGACAAGGUGGCAGAGAAUCAACGCCGUAUGAAGCACCGCUACGACAUGGCACGUCGGGUGAGAGGACACACACUGAAGGUGUCGGACUGGGUCCGUAUCCGCCGGCCCCAUCGGUCCCACAAGCUACUGUCUUUCUGGUCCUCACCCCAACAGAUAUUAGCACAGUUGGGCCCAGCUACGUUCCGCCUGGCUGACGGCUCCCGUUGGCAUGCCAGCCGCCUUAGGCGCGUCAACCCGCCAUCAGCACAAGAACUGGCCGCCGCGGCUGAUCCUCGCCACACUGCGGGGGACUGGGAUUUCCCUCCAGUAGCGCCGGGAAUUCCACCCGAACCCGAGGCGCCGGGUGACGCCCUCGGACCGAGGCCCCGCCCUGUUCGGGCUCGGCGUAAGCCCCCGUAUCUCAGAGACUAUGUCCUUCACUCACGUUUAGGUUAGCGCAUAGCCUGUUAUGUGGCAGAAUAAACCACUUGGCUAUGCGGGUAAACAGGUAGUCUACCCUGUUUACCCAGAUAGGUUGGCCACGUUCCGGCCUUAAUGUCGUGUUCUGUUAAUAUGUUUGAAUGUUUUUGCACUUUGAAAAAAGGGGGGGGUGAAUGUGGCAUGUAACCACAGCCACAGGGUAAUGUUACGACGGCGUGACGUCACGGCCGAAAAGUGUGUUUUUGCGGGAAGAGUGCUGCGUUAGGAAGACGGCGACUUACAAUAAACAGCAGU